AUGACGUCCACUGUUGCUCAGAUAUGCUCGGAUCUCAAGGGGGCUAUCGACAAAAAAGACGAGCUUCGAAUUGCCUUCAUUGCCUCUGAAUAUUCGUCGCCGAGUCGUCUUAAAAUCGCGCAGAGCUAUGAAGCAACCUACAAAACCCCGAUCACUGAAGCCAUCAAAAAGUCCCUGAAAGGAGGAACUGCCGAGGAUUUACUGGUGAAUAUGUGGGUCAGUAGACAUGAGCAUCGCGCAGAGCUGAUAAAUAAAGCCCUAGGCGGUUCCAGCGACGAAGAGGCGAUUCGCGAACUGGUGUUUCUCUGCAAUCCUGAAGAUUGGCACGAGACCGCGUCUGUUUAUAACCAAAAGUAUCAGAAGAUCAUGCAGGACGCCGUCACAAAGGCGAUUGGAAGCAAAAGUCAUUGGGCAAAGCUUGUGGCAGGUUGGAUGGAACACAAACGUGAAGAUAGGGGGUCGGUUGAAAACGAUGUCAAGUAUUUGAAGGAGCUCAUAGACGCACCCGUGACGGACGGAAAUGCGUUAGCGCAAUUCUUUGCCAGCACAACCCCUGAUGAGUACACUCAGAUAGCAGACAAGUUUUGCGAAGAAUAUAAUUUAAGCAUUGAUCAGGCUCUUGUGAGGCCGCUAAAGGAGAACGAAGACGAUCUGGAGGCAUAUGCUGCUGCCCACUUUGCGCUCCACGGGCUUCCCGUCUUGGCGGCCCAACUCAUCAACAAAGCAUGCAGACCCAAGAACGGAAACGAGCGAAGUAUCUGCAGAAUAACAACCCUCAUGGUUGAUCAGUGCUUGGCGGCAAAGUAUGCGUAUAAACUCUAUGGAGACAUGGGGGCAGACCUGUCUCGCUGCUUUGACGAGCGAAUGGCCCCUAUUUUGCGCACGCUAUGGCGCGUCACAGAUGCAUAG